ACGAUGAAGAGCGUGUGCUCAUGGUCCAACAGGCGCAUUCAAGAUCCAGUCCCAUCUCAUGUUCUUCGACACUGAGCACAAUUCUGCUCGUACCGUGCUCGCCACCUUGCGUGCAGCGUUCGAAGAAACCGCGCGCAAGAUGUCGGCCUACAUCAAGUGCAUGCCCAAGGGCAAGCAGCCAACAAGUAAAAUCAUCACUAGGACUAUCAUCAAGCUGACAGACCUUGCGUUGAGGCUCUUGACAGGGAGGUCGAGAAAAUUGCGAAACCCAGAAUACCAGUGCGACAUUCGCAGGAGGCAGGUUGCCUUGUGAGGAGCCCCUUUAACAACUUGGAGGUCUGAACUAACCAGGUCAGGGCGGCAUACGAAGCAUUCGCUACUGUUCUCCGCCGGAAACAGACCAAGUAUACGC